CGCGGCGCCGCUCGCUGCCGGAGUCGGGGACGAUGCAGGCGGAGUCGGGGAUCGUGCCGGACUUCGAGGUGGGCGAGGAGUUCCACGAGGAGCCCAAGACCUACUAUGAGCUGAAGAGCCAGCCCCUGAAAAGCAGCAGUUCCGAGCAUCCUGGAGCUUCCAAGCCUCCCUUAAGCUCCUCCAGUAUGACAUCACGGAUUUUGUUACGACAGCAGCUCAUGCGUGAGCAGAUGAAGCAGCAAGCAGCCCAGUUCAUGCAGCAGAGAGUACCGAUCAGUCAGACGCCAGCCAUCAACGUCAGCGUCCCUUCUAACCUGCCCCCUGCCACCCAGGUACCAAUGGAAGUCCUCAAGGUGCAGACUCACCUUGAAAAUCCAACCAAGUACCACAUUCAGCAAGCCCAACGGCAGCAGGUAAAGCAGUACCUUUCUACCACUCUGGCAAAUAAACAUGCCAACCAAGCUCUGAGCUUGCCCUGUCCAAACCAGCCUGGUGAUCAUGUCAUGCCACCUGGAACUGGAAGCAGCGCACCCAACAGUCCAAUGGCUAUGCUCACACUUAACUCCAACUGUGAAAAAGAGGGAUUUUAUAAAUAUGAAGAGCAAAGCAGGGUAGAAGGCGAGUGCCCCGCUCUGAACACACACUCGCGAGCAUCAUGCAUGCAGAUGGAUGAUGUAAUUGAUGACAUCAUUAGCUUGGAAUCAAGUUAUAAUGAAGAAAUCCUCGGCCUGAUGGAUCCUGCCCUGCAAAUGGCAAAUACGUUACCGGUAUCCGGCAAUUUGAUUGACCUUUAUGGCAACCAAAGCAUGCCUCCUUCAGGGUUGAACAUCAGCAACUCGUGUCCGGCGAACCUUCCCAAUAUCAAGAGGGAGCUCACAGAGUCUGAAGCAAGGGCAUUGGCUAAAGAGAGGCAGAAGAAAGACAAUCACAAUUUAAUUGAACGAAGGAGAAGAUUUAAUAUUAACGACCGCAUUAAAGAACUAGGCACCUUGAUACCUAAAUCCAAUGACCCGGACAUGCGCUGGAAUAAGGGUACUAUUUUAAAAGCCUCAGUGGACUAUAUCCGCAAACUGCAGCGAGAACAACAGCGCACAAAAGAACUCGAGAACAGGCAGAAGAAACUAGAACAUGCCAACAGACAUCUAUUGCUCAGAAUACAGGAACUCGAGAUGCAGGCUCGAGCACACGGACUUUCCCUUGUCCCAUCGACAGGCCUGUGCUCACCAGAUGUGGUCAGCCGGGUCAUCAAGCAAGAACCUGUCCUGGACAAUUGCAACCAAGAAGUUUUGCAGCGCCACUCAGAUUUAUCUUGCACUACUACCCUCGAUCUUACUGAUGGCACCAUAACAUUCAGUGAUAACCUAGGCCCCUACAGCGUCCCCACCAAAGUGGGAUCCAAACUGGAAGAUAUAUUGAUGGACGAUACUCUCUCCCCUGUCGGAGUUAGUGAUCCUCUCCUUUCCUCUGUGUCUCCUGGAGCUUCCAAAACAAGUAGCAGAAGAAGCAGCAUGAGCAUGGAAGAGACCGAUCAUGCUUGUUAGCAGAUACUUGGCAUGGCCUCUCAUAAACUGCUUCAUUUCUUAAUCAGUAGAUGAAAUAAUUUACAAUUUUAGGUUUUUUUGAUUUUCUUUUAAUAUUAAUCUACUUGUGCUUCAUCAGUAGCCCAGUGUGUGUGUGUGUGUGUGUGUGUGUGUAUAUAUGUAUGUAUGUGUGUAUGUGUGUGCAUAUAUAUAGAGAGAGAGUUUAUGUGUGUGUGUAUAUAUAUAUAUAUAAUAUUUUUGAAUUUUGUGAAAAGACUUGUAUAUUCUAUUUUAAAAGUACCAAUGCCACUGGAAUAUUGUACAGUCUAUGUACAGUAUUUGCAAACUGGAUUUGCCAAGAACUUUGAACUGGUCAAAUCUACUCAGAGCAAUAGAAUUACAAAAUCAAAGCAAGAGUCUGUUUUUAUUCAGGGGAAACGUACAAGUUAUUUACUUGGAAAAUGCAGAGCUAAAAAAAAAGUGAAUGUGAAGAAACCAAAAAUACCCACUUUGUAACCAUGUUGUGUUGAUUUAAUAGUGCUGCCUUAAAGAUACAGUAUCCUUCAAACUUAGUUUAGUCUUUAUAUCACAAGAUGUUUAAAAUAAAUCACUAUUCUACUGUAAUAAUAAAACUAGUGUAAACACAUACUGAUGGUAUUGAUUCCAAUGUAAAAUGUUCCUGAUAUUGUUGCUAGAAAUGAAGGAGAAUGUGUAGGGAGCCAUGCAUCUGUUUGAGUUCUUUGGAGUGUUAUUUUUACUCCCAGUGGAGAGAGUUUUGCGUCUGCUCCUACUUCAAGCUUUUUUAAAAGGCUUUUAUUUUGAAAAGGAGACUUAGUCAUUUAUCAACAAUAAAAUAGGCAGGAGCGCUGUAAGAUAGUAUAUAUUUUCAGACAAAAUUCAAUCCAUUUUAUCAACUGGGCACAUUUUGUUGUAUAUUUCUAACUGGCCUUACUUUUUUUUAAGUGUUGUACAGGUUUUUCAUUUGCAUGGAUUCUUUAGUUACCUUCAUUUUUUUGUUUUGUUUUAAAUAUAGUUGUAUUUCAUUUAUAAGAAUAUGCCUCUUUAAUGUAAUGAUUUUUUGACAUGUUUAAAACUCACUGGAAGUUUUCUGCAUUCUUUGUAAACACUUGAAAGGAAGCUUUUAUGGAGGAUACUGUGUACUGAGAGAUUUUGAGAAUAUUUUGUAUAUUACAGUCUCACUUUGAAAAUAUUUUUAAACACAAUUUAAAGUGUACAAAUGUAGACUGUUACAAAACAAAGCUCUGUAGAGAAACUGAACUUACAUAUUUAUUUUUAGUGAUACUGAAAGAAUAGUAAUAUGCUUUGAAGCCUAAUAACUAUAUAGUUAAUAUGCCCAUUAGAAUAAUUAAAUUGGUGUUUUAUUUCAGCAAUAUGGCUGGUUUAAAAAGAGUAAAAUUACUGUAUCUUCAAGUAACUGUUACUUUAUAACCAUUGUAUUAAUUUAACUUGCAACAAUGUUGUAAAAGUAGUUUGGUGCAUUAUCUACACAAGUGUAGCCCUAUGCAAUAACAGUAGUUAGAAGUGUAUUAAUCAAACCUAGAUGUUUCACAAAGAUGACAGAUGGUAUUUGAGCCAGACUGACUGGAUUUCUCAGUAGCAACCUACAGUUGAAAUGUGUCAGAAAAGCAUCUUGUUCAGAAUGAAGUGCCUUACAUUCUAGUAGUAAUCUUCUUGGACUAGCACGGACUGAAGUGUGGCAUAGGAGAAAAUGGGGGGGGGUGAUAUUUAUAGGAAAUCUAAGUGCAGCCUGGUGUCCUAUGUAGAAAAUAAGAGCUUCCCUUCCUUUGUGCUGUGCUGCAAAGAGAUGUAUAAUAUAUAAAAUGUAAAUCUUUAAUAAUUGGAGUGCCAAAAUGGUCAGACUUGAUCAAGAAAACUUGGUCAUGGCAGUUGAAUGGUGUUCAGAAAUCCAAUGUGAAUAUUGUGAUGAAGGCAGAGGACAAAAGGUCAGGCGUUUUAGGGGAAGGGUCAUACAGAUGGAUGCUGCAUCUUUCACAUAGACAUUUGGUUAUGAAAAAUCCUGGAAAGAAACCACUGGGCCUGCUCUCAGUGAAGUCAGUACGAGUUUUCCAUUUGACAGUGGGGUUGCCUGACGGGGCCUGUCAUCAGCUCGGCUGCUUUCUAUUCUGGUGCUUGGGGUGGAUUGGGGUUUAGAGUCGGGAUGUGAAUGGUAAACCAGUAAGUUUCACCUUUAACGGGUGAUGCUUUCCGAUUUGGUAAACCAGCGGGGGCGGAAGCUGUCCCUCUCCCACCAUGGGCAGGGGGCUGCCCCAGUCCUGUGGAGCCCACAACAGGCAGGAGUUCCUCCAGACCGGCUGGAGCAGCCCUUUUCUGCUUCCAUUUAAUCUAUUAACUGAUUAAACAUAAGGUUUAACCGGUGAACUAAUUAAAUAGGAUUUUACAUCCCUAGUUUAGAGCAGGAAUUCUCCUAUGGGGCAGAUGUGGAAGAAUGUUCUAGUUUACUGUGUAGUCCUGCCCCGAGUACAGGGGACUGGACUAAAUGACCUCUCAAGGUCCCUUCCAGUCCUAUGCUUUAUGAUUCUAUAUUUUUGACAUUUUCUUAUAUUUAUAUCACCAGCUUUCUCACCGGUUAGUUAUGCCGUUAUUUGUUUCUGCUUGAAGAGCUAACUGUGUCUUAGCUGUGAUAAUCACCAGCUGUGUCACGUUGGGGGAGGGGCAGAAGUCAGCUCUCAGUGUUACAACAAAUGCCUGUUUUUCCUAGCACAUUUUGGACUCUUUUCGACCAGUGGUUGAAACAGACCAGUGGUUUCCAAACUGGCCCGGAGGCCACUGCACAUGGGUCUCCAACACCUCUUGCUACAGUCGACCACCACAGUCAGCAAGGCAGUGAUGUGGUUCUUUGCACAGCUGCUGUGCCACAGUUUAGCGACCGUGCAUGCGAUCGCUUGCUCUUGUUGUUGCAAUGUGCUAAUGGUGACCGAUGAAGGAAAUCUAUAGCUAUAGCUUAUACACAGGGUCAUGUACUUCUCUUUGAAGUAAAAGGGUGAGCAAAGGCCAGAGAGGUGCUGCAAUCUGACAAAAAUGGGAUGCACAAGGUCGUUAGGAUGUAGUAACCAGAAAAAUCCAUUCAAGAUGGUCCAAAACUGGAUACCAUCAUGGGUAGCACACUCGAAAACCUUUAGAAGAGGGCCUGAAUAUAAGAUAUGCAAAUAGGAAUCAUGCGUAUUUGAUCCCUGUGUGGACUAAAAGGAAAUCCUGAUUCUCUGCCCCCGCGCAAUUUGUAAAUAGUCCUCGUAUGCUUAGAUUUGCCAAAAAUCGGAUUUCUUCCCAAGCUCUGGAUUUCUCUGGAUAAACAUCCCUGUGCCCCCCAGCAGCCAUCUCGUACUACAUGUUGGCUGCAGUAAGGAUGUAAAAUCCCAGAUAAUUGGUGAAAGGUGAGGUUUGUCUAGCGUUUAACCGGUUAACCGACUGAAGCGGGAUCCCAGGUGGGGAACUGCUCCAGCAGCCUUCAGCACCACACUAGGGUUGAAGCUGCUGCUGGUUCCCAGCCCCCUGCCAGAGCAGCCCUUGCCUGCGGGGUGCCUAGGCUCCCUGCAGACAGAGGCUGUUCUGGACAAGAGUAGUCCCUGUCCAUAGUGGGCCCCCAAUGGGGCUGGAAAAGCCUCCUGCCCGCAGCAGAAGGGGAGCUGCUCCAGUCUCCUUCCCCUGGCUUCCCCUGUUACCGGUUAACCAGAACCUGUAAGCAUUACCCAUUUAGGGUGAUACUUACCAGGUAAUCAGUUAACCUUUCGCAUCGCUGGUCUGCAGAGCUGUGCAUAGUUUGUAUUGUAGCUCCAAAAUAGCACGCUGUACACAACAGUCAACAUUGGUUUCUUUCCUCAGGUCCUGCUAUAGGUUGCAGCUCUAAUUUGAUAUGCCAGUAGGAGGUGCGGGCUUUUCAGACAGUUAAUUUCUGAUGCUCUUAUUCUCUCUGUGGUACGUGCACCAUGGAGCUUAUGACCCCUAGGUUGUGUCUACAUUGGCAUGAUUUUGUGCAAAAGCACGCGCUUUUGUGCAAAAACAUGCUGCCUGUCUACACAGGCGGGGAGUUCUUGAGCAAGAACACU